GUUUGUAACGUGGUGCAUAAUCAGCUGUACAACCGAACGUUUCUUUCGCGGCCAAGUUAAAGCAAUUAUUGUUUCAAUUGUUGAAUAACAGACGAUAAACAACAUGACUGCCGUCGACUGGGAUGAAGUAAAGCGGCUUGCCGCCGAUUUUCAGAAAGCUCAACUGAGCUCGACGUUACAAAAAUUAUCAGAGAGAAAUUGUGUUGAAAUAAUUACAAAAUUAACAACGAGUAAACUUUUGGAUAUCAUUUUCACGGUGGAUGGAAAAGAGUAUGUGACUCCUGAGCAUCUUGGAAAAGAAAUAAAGGAUGAAUUAUACGUUCAUGAAGGCCGCAUCAAUUUGGUUGAAUUGGCAAAGAUAUUAAAUGUUGAUUUGUCGCAAAUAAGCAAAGUUGCAAGCGACAUAGAGAGACACAACAAAGGGAUGAAGCUGAUACUUGGACAAUUGAUUGACAAAUCUUAUGUGCUGAAAAUUGUUGGUGAAAUAAAUGACAAAUUGUGCCAAAAUGGGUACAUCAAUGUUGCUGAAUUGACACUGCAGUAUGACUUGCCUGCUGAUUUCUUACAAUCAACCAUUGAAAAGGAGCUUGGUAAAAUUAUUCAGGGCAAACAAGACAAACAAGAUCUCAGAAUAUUCUAUACCGAGGGAUUCAUUGCAAGAAAUAGAGCAAAAAUCAGAGGAGCACUAGCCGCUAUCACCAAACCAACUCCCGUCAUGGCCAUUUUGGGGCAGUGCAAAGUUCCUGAGAGAAUAUUUUUCUCCAUCCUGGAGAGUUUACAAGAAAUGAUGCAAAUACCUGGCAUCGUAACGGGGAAACAGAGUCACAAUAGUAUCUACAUUCCUACAAUUCAUACAAAAAAACAGACCGAAUGGGUUGACAGUUUUUACAAGCAGAACGGAUACAUUGAGUACGAUGCGCUCUCCGGUCUCGGAAUAACGGAUCCUCACAAUUUUGUCAAUCGUCGUUUUCCCAAUGAGACAUUGACUCAACUACGUUCAGCGGCUGUUGGUAAAGCGAUAAUCGACCAGGUCGAUGCAAAUAUUGAGGAGAUGAUAGCGACGAGUUCAUUCGUGGAUCUUUAUCCACUUUUGCCCACGGUAUUCCGGACGGAGGAUACAGAGGAACUUCUUCUAGAUGAGCUCAAGAGGUCGCCUAUUAAAUUCCACAUUUUUGGGCACACAGUGGCAAUGUCGGAAGCGUAUUUACAAUCGUUGAUAAAACUGUUGGAGGCGAUUGCCGAAAAGCAUGCAAAAGAGGCGGUGGACAGUGGAAAAUGGCUGCAAACUGUAGCGGAGAACAAAUUGAAAAUGACACGUACAUCGAGCAGCAUAAUUGACUGUAAAGCGGACAGAAAAGAAGAGAGACGAAAGAAAGCGAGCAGUGGAAAAGCGGGAGGUGGAAGUCAAGGUCGAGAAACGAAGACGAGAUCGACGAAGAAAAAGUACAAUCAAUCGAAGAAUCACGACAACGAUAGCGAGGACGAAAACACGAAAAACAACACAAAAACCGAGCUCGUUCUCGUGACCCUCGAGGAGAUUAAGAAUGAACUCGGUAAAGAUGAAAACCUUGCUGAUAUGGGAUCUCUCAUAGACGAUCUCGCUGAUUAUUUACAACCGAGAUUGAACAAACUGGCUCUUUCGUACGCUGAAAAAUUAGCUCAAACUACUAAAAAUAACAACAAUCUAUCGGAAAUUGAGGAGCGUCUCAACAUGCUCGCUACGAAUAUACGCAUUUUUGACAAAGCCAUCAAACUCCUCGACAAACAUACACAAUCAUCUUUGGCCAAGUAUCUCAUGAAGACACUUGCGGUUGACUUUGCUACUGAUAUUUUUAAAUUAGCCGCUCAGCAGAAUCUUCUCCAGUGCCCGAGCAAUAUCACGACCGAAGCGAGGAUCAAAAUGCUCACCGAAUUUCCUAACGACGUCAAAGAAGCGUUAGGCAAUUUACACCGAACGAUCGUUGCCAAUUCGACCGAAGAAUUUCUAAACAGCAUCGAGCCUGCUAUGGCUGCUUGCUGCUUGGUACUCAAAAAAUUCGAUAAAAAGAAAGAAAGGCCCGUCGUCCUUGGCCACCGACAAGCCCUUCUAGAACAAUUGCGAGAAACUUCCGAUCCUGCUUUAGCUCUUCAUCUCGUUACGAGUGUUCUUUUUACCGCUUCGACUCAAUCUGCCCUUCACAUGUCCGGUAGGCAUGUCUCUUCUGUUCUCUCCUUUCUUCGCUCCCAUCUCGAAACCACGACGGUUUCAGAACUCUCACAGUAUCACGAUCGGGUACUUGAAUUUUUGAGUUCGACGGAUGAAGAAUCGAAAGAAGAAACUCGUAAAAUUCUCGAAAAUGACCUGGCCAAGAUCAAGGACAUCGCUAAAAACUUUAAGAAUCAUUUGAAAUCUGACAAAAUUCACGAAUGAUUUGUACCUGGCGUACGAAUCAUCGAUUGAACAAAAACCGUAUCACAUUUACAUUAUAUCCUAAAUGUACUUGUUUUGAGUCGCUACCACGACUCCAGAUCCGUGUUUAUUGUAAUUUACAAAAUUCUAUUUUAUAUUUGUUCAAUGGGAAUUGGAAAUUCUUUUUUAUCCGUCCAUUUUCAUAUAUUUUUUCCCUGUGACAUUAAUUUAUUCUCCGUUCCGCACCGAUUUUUUAGCCAAGCUAAAAAAUUGGAAAACGCUUCAACUUUUAUAUCGUACGACGGUUAAAAAUGGCGCCGAUUCUUCAAUAAUAAAGAAGUGCAUAUUCUAAGGUAUCAUGAUUCCCCUAGCAAUUCAACAUAACCUCAAUUGUCUCGAUGGAUGUAACUUUGUAAUUAUAUAUUUACAAAAUAACUAA